AUGACUGAAGUCGACAGCAGAGAGAGAGGCGAAUGUGAAGAUCUGUUGUUUGUUGUUGGGGCACCGACAGAGAAAGCCUAUAUUAUUGGAUACCUUUCUUCUUUUCUUUCAUACUUUCUUUUUUUUCUCUUUCUUUGUAUCCUCUGCUUCUUUUUUAUUUCUUGGUUUCUCUCUUUUUCCUUUUCUUUCUUCCAUUUUUCUUUCUUUCCUUCUUUCUUUCUCUUGAUGUUGUUUACUUUCUUUUUAUUUCUUAUUUACUUUCUUGCUUGUUUGCUUUACUUUUUGCUUUCGUUCUGGUAUUCUUUCUGUCUCUGUUUUAACUUUUCUUCUUUCUCUCGUUUUUUCUUCUCGCUAUCAAAUAAACAUAAUUCUUUACUGAAUCUCUCUCUUUUCCCCUCUUUAUUCUCCCCCCUCUCUCUCUCUUCUUUCUUUCUUUCAUUUUAUUUUUCUUAUCUUCAACCUUUCUUAUUUUCCUUUUUUUUGUUACUGUUCAUAUCUAUCUAUCUAUCUAUCUAUCUAUCUAUCUAUCUAUCUAUCUAUCUAUCUAUCUAUCUAUCCUUGUUCAUAUUUAUCUUUUUAUUUAUGUUCAUAUCUAUCUAUCUAUAA